UUCGUCUGUCCGUGGGGAGAGCAUUCAGCGAAGCGUUGUGCCUUUUGACGCCUUUCGCGUUCUCUACUAUUUUGCACUCCAUUCACUGAUUCUCUCCAGUUGAGCGCCAGCGUCACACACGCGCGCAGUGUUGUUUGUGAGCCUGUGUGGAUCAGAUGGUCUGCGACGGAGUGCAGAGUGGUGACUGUUGGUUGGGUGUUGUGUGCAGAGAAGUGACUGUCGAUGGAAAAAGAGAGUCCAUCGCGCGCCAAAUAUAAAUCCCGUUCAAUUUGUCCAAAAGAAAAGAAGAAGAAGAAGAAGAAAAAGUAUCAAACACACAUUUUUAUCGUUCAAGUUCAGUGAGAGAAAAAACGCACAAAUCUUUUGGUGAUCUUUUUAUUGUGAAUGUUGUGUUUGUUGUCUUGUGAUUUUCCACACUUGUGAGAAUGAAUUUCACGAAGUUCAAGGAGAAUUUUCGCUACUCACGCCUUUCGGAUGAAGAUCAGAGGGACGUAAAUGAUGAGAGCGCGGCGGAGUCGCAGGGACUGCUGGAGCGUCCUGUGGCCACCGUGAGGCUUCCAGUGAUUGGCAUGACGUGUCAGUCGUGCGUGAGGAACAUCGAGGGCAACAUUGGGACGAAGGAUGGCGUGUUCGGCAUAAGAGUGUCGCUGGCGGAGAAGUGGGCGGAAGUGGAGUUCAAUCCGUGCACGACAAGUGCCGCAGAUCUCGCCGCCAGCAUUGAGGACAUGGGCUUUGAGUGUCCUUUUCGUGGUGCUGCGCAGACGGCGAAGAUUCACAUUGACGGCAUGACGUGCAACAGUUGCGUGCGCAACAUUCAGACCACUGUGGGUGGGCGUGAGGGCGUGAAGGAGAUGAGAGUGAGUCUGGCGGACAAGGAGGCGUGCGUGACAUUCGAUGCGACACUGUGGACGGCCAAAGACAUCGCCGAGGCCAUCGAGGACAUGGGCUUUGAGGCGCACGUGAAGGAGGAAGAUGAUAACAGUGCGCGCAAUGGUAAGAAAGACAGUCCGCCGGCGCGACGGCCGCUGUCGGAGAGUCUCGUGAUGCUGGGCGGCGGCGCAGAGAGUGGCAAGGAGACGACGUGGAGCAAGUGCUUCCUUCACAUUCAGGGCAUGACGUGCGCCAGCUGUGUGGCGGCGAUUGAGAAGCACUGCCGGCGCAUCUUCGGCGUGGACAGCAUCUUGGUGGCACUGCUGGCCGCCAAGGCGGAGGUGAAGUACAAUGCGCGCCACAUCACGGCCGAGGACAUUGCGCAGUCCAUCAGCGAGCUGGGCUUCCCGGCGGAGAUCAUCGACGAGCCGGGCACGGGCGAGAGUGAGAUUGAGGUGGAGAUCAAGGGCAUGACGUGCGCCAGUUGCGUCAGCAAGAUCGAACAGACGGCACUCAAGUGUCCCGGCGUCACUCAUGCCGCCGUGGCGCUCACCACGCGGCGUGGCAAGUUCCGCUUCAGCAACGAGCAAACUGGGCCGCGCACCAUUUGCGAUGCCAUCAAUGCGCUGGGCUUCGAGGCGACGUUGCUGUCCAACAAGGACAAGAUGGCACACAGUUAUCUGGAGCACAAAGAGGAGAUCCGGAAGUGGCGCAACGCCUUCCUGAUCUCACUGGUGUUCGGCGGACCGUGCAUGGUGGCCAUGAUUUACUUCAUGGUGGAGAUGGAGUAUCACACGCACGAGGAGAUGUGUUGUGUGCUGCCGGGCUUGUCCAUGGAGAAUCUGGUGAUGUUUGUGCUGUCCACGCCGGUGCAAUUCUUCGGCGGUUGGCAUUUCUACGUGCAGGCGUAUCGCGCCGUGCGUCAUGGCUCAACGAACAUGGAUGUGCUGAUCACGAUGGCCACCACCAUCAGCUACAUCUACUCCGUGGCCGUGCUGGCCGCCGCGAUGGCGCUGCAGCAAAUCACGUCGCCACUCACGUUCUUCGACACGCCGCCAAUGCUGCUGAUCUUCAUCUCGCUGGGUCGGUGGUUGGAGCACGUGGCCAAGGGGAAGACGUCGGAGGCGCUGUCGAAGUUGCUGUCACUGAAAGCCACCGAAGCCACUCUGGUGGUCAUCAAUGGGAACUUCGAGGUGUUGAGCGAGAAGGUGAUCUCGGUGGAUUAUGUGCAGCGCGGUGACACGAUUAAAGUCGUGCCGGGCAGCAAAGUGCCCGUGGAUGGCAAAGUGUUGUACGGCAAUUCCACAUGUGACGAGAGUCUAAUCACCGGUGAAUCCAUGCCGGUGCCGAAGAAGAAGGGCAACGUGGUCAUCGGUGGAUCUAUCAAUCAAAACGGCCUACUCUUCAUGACGGCCACGCACACGGGUGAAAAUACAACACUGGCACAGAUUGUGCGUCUUGUGGAGGAGGCGCAGACGUCAAAGGCGCCAAUUCAACAGUUGGCAGACAAGAUUGCCGGCUACUUUGUGCCCUUUGUCAUCGCCGUGUCCACAAUCACGCUGAUCGGCUGGACAAUCAGUGGUUACAUUGACAUUGCGCACUUGCCGAUGACGGAGGCGCAGAAGCGGGGCUUGAAUCGCGAGGAGAUCAUCUUCAGCUACGCCUUCCGCUGCGCCCUCAGCGUGCUGGCCAUCGCGUGUCCGUGCGCUCUGGGCUUGGCCACGCCCACCGCCGUCAUGGUGGCCACGGGCGUCGGUGCGCUGCACGGCGUGCUGGUGAAGGGCGCCGGACCGCUGGAGAAUGCACACAAGGUCAAGACGAUUGUGUUCGACAAGACUGGCACAAUCACGCAUGGCAUGCCGAUGACGUCACGCAUCUGUCUGUUCGUGAGGCCCGGCGUGUGCUCGCUGGCGCGCCUGCUGACCAUCUUGGGCGGCGCCGAGAGCAACAGCGAGCAUCCCAUCGCCACGGCGGUGGUGAAGUUCGUGAAGGAGAUGCUGGAAGUGGAUGUGUUUGGCAAGUGUGCCAACUUCAUGUCCGUGCCCGGCUGUGGCAUCAUGUGCAAGAUCUCCAACAUCGAUGGCACACUCGCCAAGGCGCUGCAGUCUGAGAAGAUUGUGAAUUAUGAGAAUGCUCGACGCAAUGGUGGUGAUUUGGUGCUGAUAAAUGGCGUGGCCAUUGAGGAGAUCAUCCCUGAACUGUCAUCGUCGGAGCGCAAGACCAGAGAAUUGCAGCAAUUGCUGCAGAUCGACAAGAGUGACGAGGAGAUUGAUCAACGAGAGACUUUCGCGACAAUCGCCGAGUAUCGCGUGCUGAUCGGGAACCGCGAGUGGAUGCACCGCAACGCCGUGCACGUGCCGCCGGAGGUGGCGGCGAAGAUGACGGAGGAGGAGUCCAUGGGACACACGGCCGUGCUGUGCGCCGUGAACGAGCAGCUGCUGGCCAUGGUGUCCGUGUCGGACAUGGUGAAGCCCGAGGCGCACUUGGCCGUGUUCACGCUGCGCCGCAUGGGCGUCGACGUGAUCCUGCUGACGGGCGACAACAAGAACACGGCGGCCAGCAUUGCGCGCCAGGUGGGCAUCCACAGGGUGUUCUCGGAGGUGCUGCCGUCGCACAAGGUGGCCAAGAUUCAGCGUCUGCAGGAGAGUGGCGCGCGCGUGGCGAUGGUGGGCGAUGGCGUGAACGACAGUCCGGCACUGGCGCAGGCGGACGUGGGCAUUGCCAUUGCGGCGGGCACAGAUGUGGCGGCGGAGGCGGCGGAUGUCGUGCUGAUGCGCAACGAUCUGCUGGACGUCGUGGCGUGCUUGGAUCUGUCGCGGCGCACCGUGAAGCGCAUCCGGCUGAACUUCCUCUUCGCCAGCAUGUAUAAUUUGCUGGGCAUCCCACUCGCCGCCGGCGUCUUCAGCCCCUUCGGCUUCAUCCUGCAGCCCUGGAUGGCGUCCGCCGCCAUGGCCGCCAGCUCGGUGUCCGUCGUGUGCUCGUCGCUGCUGCUCAAACUGUACAAAAAGCCUUCUUUGGCGUCACUGCGAACGCCUGAAUAUCUUCAGCUGAUCGACGCCGGCGCACAUCUUGAUCCGGACGCCGUGUCAGUUCAUCGUGGCCUCGAGGACAUUCCGCGGCCGGACUUUGGUAGAUCAAAUAGCUCCACUUUGUCCAGCUUCCUUAGAACGCCAGCACGGAUCUUCGGACGUGGCAAGAGUUCUUCUGAGCCGCGACUGCUGGGCGAAGACGACGAGAUGCGCAUCGAAGUGGUGCGCUCGGGCAAGAGCAGAAGCUACAGAGACUGCACGGAGAUGCAGAAGUUGUGAGGAGUGACGAAUGAAUCUUGUGAUAAACUGAGACGACUAAACACAGACUCCUUUCCAGCCUUCUUAUGCCGCAAAGACAGUACUUAGGAUUUUUUUUUUCUAAUCAUUUACUCUCUUGUACAACCAGUGAAAUAAUAAUAAAAAAAAAUCUAUUGAGAGCUUUGAAGAAUGCGUGUUGUGAGACUUUUCUUUUCUUUUCUCGGCAGUUUUCAAAAGGAUCUUGUGAAGAAUCUGAAUGAAGUUUUAGAGAGCUUUGAUUGGACUUUUUUUUCUCUCUCCUUUUCCAACGCUUCAUUAAGCGUUUAACAUCAAUUGUGCUAAAUUUAAAAAUCAAGGAAUGUUAAUAUCGACGGGUGAAUCGAAGACUAUUAAAAGUCGUUUUUUGAAAGUUGACGUAUUAUAUCUGUUUGGAUUGAUCUUAAAAAUAUUCCAUU